UGCUUGUGUGUUGUACGCUGAGCCUGCGAGCUUUGCUUUCAAUCAGACGCCCUUGGUAGCGAAACAGCAACGGCCGUGUCGGCAGCGAGAGCAGGCCCACGAAGCAGGCAGGCGGCCAAACGACGGGUGGAGCGAACCAGGGUCCAAAGCUAAGCAGCAUCAGCAGCAGUUCAGUGGAGCCGAGAGAAGUGAAGCAGGCCAGUGCCAGUGGUGGUCAUGUCAAAAGUAUUGUUCGUUGGUUGGUACGGUACUCUUUGCCGUGCUGUGCCUGUGUUGUGCUGUGGUAACACCGAUUCAAGCAACACGCGCUCUUAGUAGCGAUCACAUGUAAUGUUUACCAGCGGACGACAACGACAGCAAGCGUGACACUGGGACGAUCCGAUACUGGUUUACAUAGCACUGGGUGCCCUAUGAAUGUAUAGCAGGUGUAGUGAUUAGCAGAUGGACUCAUACUGCUCCACAACUGGCGGCGCUGACGGGUACGUUAGCAAGAAUAGCUACAAGCUGUGAAAGGGGAUGUUGAGGUCACAGGACUCAACAACGAAAAGAUAUUAUCAACUCAGACGCGAUCUCUAGUGCUCCUGCCAGAGCCACUGUAGGCGCACAUUGGCGCUCGCUCUACUGCGUCCUAGAUCGUAACAACUUUCAAUGCACUAACCGUCGUUGCCGCCUCCCCUAAAAGCAACAACAAGGGCGACUACGAUACCGAGGAUAACAACAAGAAAACGAAUCGUUUUGCAAAACGGCGACAGCGUCCGCAACAAUACCGACUGCUACUGACCGGUAAAAAAACUACUGGGACCGGAAAUAGCCGUAGCAGCAUAGGCUGCAUUUUUGUGAAUCGCUAGGAUACGCGGCGAAGGAGUGUGCGAAUAAGCGAGCAAACAGACGUAGAAGAAGAAAGGCAGGGAGAAAAGAGGAAGAGACAGACGACUCCAGCAGUGGUUGUUGCUUGCUGUCUUCGAUUAUAAAAGUGAGCUAGGCUGCGGCAGCCGCUUGCCGUCACAGCCACUGCCAGCACUAUUAACAGAACCAGCGGCGCUGUUGCUUGUUUCAACGACGACAACCACGUUGCCGUCGAAGCGUCGAGCUGAGGCGCAUUGCGCUGCGCCCGCGCCACCUUCAAGCUAACAGCAGCAAGAGCGUUAGGCAGCAGCAAACAACGCGAACGAAAGAACCAGCGAAUGGACGGCGAAACAGCGGCACUGGCUAACGAAUAAGUGGCUGAGUAACGACAGGAACAGCGGCAGCACCAGCGACAGGAGUGAGAGGGCGCCAGAAGCAGAUAACGUGAUCACCAUCUUCCUUACGCCGCUGCUGCCGCCAUCGUCAUCGACGACAUCAUCAUCUGAAUAGCACCGUCAGAACUGCUGUUUCAGCUACUGCCACAAACAGCAACAAGCGCACCAGCGCUCCUUCUCCGGAGCUCCUCCGGUGCCACUAUUGCCACCAUCGUUGGCAUCAUGAAGCUGCGCUGACGACGACCUAUCGGGAUUGUCGGGGCCACGAUUCUACAGCGACCAUAGCAGCAGACAGAACGAUUAGAACAGUGUGAGUGGUCGAAGCAGUCAGGCCCAAGCAGAGCGGACCAGCUAGUAACUGCACGGAGGGUAACAUUGACCACGAACUGCCGUAUCCUUUGUCUAGUCUCCACCGUUCACUUAUUCUUCGUCCCGCUUAGGAGUAACAUCCCAGAUGGUUCGGUAGCUGUCACAGCAUAGCACAAGUGUCUUAGCUCUACGGCGGUGUAUGUAUGCCAGCCAUCCCCAAAAGACUGAGGGGUGCCGAAAGCGCCACGUGCAAAAGCGACCCAGUGCUGGGUCAAUAGUACAAGUGUUCGUGAGUGGUAAAAGAGGUGUUUAAGUGUGGCACACUUUUGCAAGACAAAAAUAGGACAGGCACUAAGGCUGUGUACUAACAAGAGGAUAAACAGAAGUGUAACGACAGAGUUGUAGAUCCCUCGAGCGAACUGGGGAUCCAAUUGAUGCUAUCCAAACUGCGCCUAUUCUUUUGUCGCUACUUGAAACAGCCGUAGAGUGUGAACCAACAUCGGCUAACGAAAUGUAACUGUUGACCGUAAAACCGCUGCCUCCCCCAAAAACGUGUGUUAGGUUGUUGUUCAUCUUGGGCUACCGUAGCUUGAGUGCAAGUGAUCAGUGAGUGCUACAGCUGUAUUUUCUUUUCUUCCCUCCCCUUCCCCUACACAGUCACACGCAAUACAUUGUGCAUCUUCCAGUAAUUCUCUUCUCAAUGAUCGUUUUGUAUCUGAAAAAAAAAAGGUGCAAUAUCACCAUAUAAUAUUAAUGAUAGAUGACUAUCGCAAUUAAUGACAUGGUCAGCUGCAAUGGCGGGUGAGCCUGGAAUUGGUGCUUUUCCACACUACGUCUCCAAUUCACGUUUAGCGGGAAGCAACAAGAGGGAAGACACAGAGAACGAAGUACCAGGGAGACCUACAACUAUUACUAAUCGCUGUUGCUAUCGUCUGAAAGUCACUAUCAAUAAAUAAAUAAGUAAGAAAAAACAAACGAUAGCAAGGACGCGCGGAAAUUAUCGACGCGUGUAGGUACUUGCCUACCAGUCUGCGAGCGUGCGUGCAUUUGAGGUUAUAUGCGUUACUGUGUGUAGACGUAUUCCGCUGCCUUCUUCUGCCUAGUAGUAAUAGAACAUGCUGAAAGUGUUGAAGUCUAGUCGACAUCAAUAAAUGCUCGAUUGUGCGGAUUUUCUUCAACUCUGCAAUUCUUCUCGUCGGGCACUUUUAGGCUAUCAUCAAUACCGAAAACCUUUUUAUUAUUCUUUUAUCGCUCCGCCUUCCCGUACUCACUGGGCUUAUGUGCUCGUUUGCAAAAAUAAAGAGCGUAAUGAAGCUAAUCGUAUGAAAGCAAUUGGAAGAAGAAAAAGCAACGCUAUAAAAACACGAGAGAUAUACCGGAAAAGUGUGAUAAUGCAUUACCACUUCAGUCAACGUGUAAAUAUCUUUCUCGCCAAUUGGCUAGCUUGAAAUUCUGCAGUCAUAUACGGCAGAGGUAAGACGUAAUUGAAGCGACGCGCUUGUUCACUAGAUCAGCAAUUAAGGGUAGCUUCUCGCGCCGUGAUGAAAGUGCGUAGUUUUGGGAGCUCCGGGAUCGUAACCGGGACUCCCACGAACACCCAAGGCGGCCCGAGUCCUGCCGGGACUACAGCAACCCAGCAGGAUACUUGUGCUUCGGCUCCAGGCGAAACGCGCAUGGAACGCGUUCGACGAUUAUUGAGUUCACCACUGGCAGCGCGACGAAAAUCUUCUCACCCGGGUGCGCACGAUCAUCGAGUCUUCGGCGUCCCACUUGAUAUUCUUAUGGCAAAGAAUCAGGCAGUUCCCUUCGUCUUAUCCAGGUUAUGCAUGUUCAUCGAAUUGCGUGGCAUGGCUCAAGAGGGAUUGUUCCGUAUAUCCGGCAACGCAAGGCUCAUUGACAAGUUGAAGUCGUCGUUCGACUCCCAAGGAGAUGCACCGCUUGAGCAUGAGGCCGACAUUGCGUCUGCAGCGGGUCUUCUCAAAACAUACUUUAGAGAGCUGCCGGAACCCCUGAUUCCAACUAAAAUGUAUCCGGCCUUUCUAGAGGCUACGCAAUCUACACAGCACGAUCCUGAUCUUCGGAUGGCUCGUCUGCGGGUUCUCAUACAAACGAUGCCAGAAGAGAACCUUAUUGUGCUUCGUUAUCUAUGUCGUUUUCUUCAUAAAGUGAGCCAACAUGAAGAAACAACUCGAAUGAAUGCUUCAGCGUUAGGCAUCGUUUUCGGACCAAAUCUUUUCCGAUUCGCUGAUGACCUCCAGGGUCUUCAAGAUCAGGCAGUGACGAACCAGGUAGUGACAGUCUUGAUUGCCAAAUAUUAUGCUGUUUUCGAGCAACCUCUGACAGUCCUAAUUCCGGGAACUUCGUCAUCUACUGGAGGCAGCAGUGGAUCGAUAAAUAUUCCCGCCCUUAUGAUCAACGAUGCUUUGCUUUCGCAGCAAAAGAGACGUUCAUGUUCUGAAGAGCGGCCUCCAUCUCCAGCUCAAUUUUCGCUCGUUCGUCUCCGACGCUGUUCUUCGUCGGAGGACAUCACGACUGGAAUGGCAAAUGCUUCGGCUCAGGAUCACACCCCACAAACAGCGUUUACGGCCGGGGAAAAAGACAAACUGCUGGCGCAAGUUGAACCGACUCAAUACGUCAAUCAGCCGGAAACCACCGUCCAGACAGCCGCAGUUGCUACAGUGGUUACGGACGUUAGCGCAGAAGCCCGUGAUGAGCCAGCAGCUUCAUCGUGGACUUGUGCGUCAGACGUCCGGACACAGGAAAUGGAAACUGAUAGCGGAGUGGGUGGUGUAGAUAGUCAUCAUGAUUAUUCGCCUGUCAAAUGUCCUCGUGCCAGCGCAGAAGCAUACGAUUCAAUUCCAUCUCUACCGAAGCGGGCAGCUGUUACAAGAGAGAUUUGUCGGGAAUUCGAGAGGACGUGCUGGCAGCCGUGUGGUAGGAAGAGAACUUUCUCGGAUCAAGAAAAACAGCGUCCCGUGCUUGGCGCUACGAGAAAGGAUUCCAAGGAAGCUUCAGUAAAAAGCUCAUCUUCUCGAGAGCCAAGUUCUACGCUUCAAAGGUACCAGAGCGCGUCAGGCGACACCCUUAGCGUAUCCUCAGAGAGCAUGGAAUUCAUCGACAAAGUUUCAAGUUCAAUGGAGUCAAUGACAAGUGGUGUAACUCCAUCCCCACCGGUGACGCCUCCACCUGAAUCUGGCGGCGGUGGCGGAAAUGUCAGCAGUGAGGUGCCACCACUGGAUCUGGCUCACGGUGAGGAACCGCAGCUAUCUGAACAUCGCUUCUCUUGGCCCAUUGUACGGAGCCUGGCGACACCAGCAACACCCUUCCACAAAACUAAUUCGGUUGAGGCACCACUGUCACCAUCGGCCUUUCGUGGCUAUCUGAAUAACCGUAGCGAGCAUCUCGUUGACGACGAAAUGCGUCUACCGCCAUCACCGCCUGUUGGAGAAAACGACUUUCUUGGUGCGGCUGUCGCCUAUGGGCACGGUAAAGCGAUUGAUAGAGGCUCCAGUUCCGAGCAGCACCAGCAAAGACAGUUGAGUAAGAAAAUGCGAGCCCUCAAGAAAAAGAUCCAGACGUUCGAGGUAGCCUUCGAAGCUAAUUGUGGUCACCGCCCAUCACACGCCGAAAAGAUGAAUGACGCACAGUGUCGCGAGCUACUUCAUGAGUUUACAAAUCUCCGAAAGGAAAUGAAAGUUCUACAGAACGAAGAAGAUGCUCUCACGGAGUCAGUAUGUCUCAACUGGCAGCGUUUCUGCCCCCUUGAAGGCCGGGAGCGGCUGGAAAACCUCGAGCGCGAUAUGAAUAAUACACUCUGUAACCUGGCAGAUCUGCGGCGGUGUGCUUGUCGGCCCGAACGGGUAGAGGAUAUGACCCGCGAGCAGGUAGUCGAGGAGAAACUGUGCAUGCAGAAAGCUCUGUUGGCAUUCGAGAGUAUCCAUGGGCGUCCAAAUUCACGUGCGGAUCGCCACCUCUUACGCCCGUUAUACGAGCGGUAUCGCAGUGUGAAACGCCUUGUUGGCGGAGGCUCAUUCCAGGGUUCCGCAGGUGGAUUAGUACCUGCUAAGGAAGACACCUUACAGCCAAUUAUCGAGCAUGUUCAAAUGGACUUCAAGUCGCUACCUCUACAGACAACACCGCAACCGUUACAGCACGCUGCUAACCCAGAUUUUGAGGCCAUCUCCGCCCAUAUGGAGAGUGGUGACAUUCUUAAUGGCCUAGUUUCGAAUCCGGAUCUCCGUGGACACGAAUCUUCCCCGCCACUGACUCCACUAGAGAAGGAGUCGUGUAACCUCCACGAGCUACCUCUGCCUGAACUACUAGAGGAGCAGCGCAAAGCACGAAUUGAAAAAAAACGCUUGCGAAAAAUUCUCCGUACAUUUGAGAAGGACUUUCAGCUUGCUACAGGUCGAAAGGUUCAACGCGAAGACCGACAUCCGAUGGAAAAUAACUACACGGAAUAUAAGCACGUAAAGGCUCGUCUGCGCCUCAUGGAGGCAUUGGUGCUUAAAAAUGAAAACCAGACGAUUGAGGGAGGAUGAGGAAUGACAUCCUGGACGCAAGGGUCAUCCUCAUUAUCAUUAUCAUCCACGUCAUUUACUCAUAUCUUUGUCGCAACGUUAGUUCAUCACAGCGACGUGCCGUGACAAAAGUACAGUAAAUAAGGAACGCAGAUAGAGGUUGACCAUAGGCUUGAAAUAUAGGAAUCACGCAUAAACUAAAAACACAAUGGGCGAACAGUUGAAGGCACGUUUCCAUCUUAUCCAUCACCAAUAUGCGCUCGCUGUAUACAUCAUCGAGAUUAUAUUGAGGAACAUAUGUUUGUGUGACAAAGCGGCAAUAAGCUCGAAAUUUGUGAUUUUGUCAUAUACGGUGUUGAAUUGAACAACAAGAAAAUGUCAUAUAUUUAAUCGUGUCGGGAACCGCAGUCGCCGUAAUCAUACCUAUUAUAUAUAAACACAAGAUUCGAAACGUAACGUUGUACUGUUAUCGUAUAAUUAAUUAUCUGCAAUAAAUAUUGUAUGUGAACGGAGACACAGCUAGGUCAACCGGAACUAGGGGAAAACAAAAGUUCCGAGAAAAAAACACUGUCAAAUUUGCAUUUGGCUAAAUGGACACAAAUAUUAAGUGUCAUCAGAAAUGGCAACAGAAAUAAAAAGGAAAUAAAUACAUGCAAACAGUAAUUUAUAGCUUCAAUUGAUAUAUGUAGCCGGAAACUAAUAUAUUGUGUCCAGGUAUAUAUAUAUAUAUUGGUCACGAUAAAAUCAACCUGAUUAGCUCGCAGAUGCAAGACCGCUUCGAUACGACAUCUUAACACUGCAAUCAUUGUUUUCAAUAGUAACGUUGCUGACCGAUUGAGCAGCUUAGCAGUAACUGUAAAAAUAACAACCGCUUCAAAAUCGUCAUUGUAUUCCUAAGAUGCGCUUGCAGUUACAUAAUAAUAGAAUCGAAAAUAGUGAGCACUGUUAUGUUGUUAUAAAUAAAACACGUGGCACAGUAAGCAAAUCAAACAAUAGAGCCAAUAUAGGA